AUGCCUUUCACUGCUAGCGACAUUUGCAAGAUCCUCCUUGCCAUCAUCCUCCCUCCCGUAGGUGUCUUCCUCGAGCGUGGCUGCGGUGCCGACUUCUUCAUCAACAUCCUCCUUACCAUCUUGGGUUACAUCCCCGGUAUCAUCCACGCUCUGUACAUCAUCCUGAAGUACUAA